CGCCCUCCCUCACCGCCUCCUCUCCUUGCGGCGCACCAGUUAACCUUCAGCCGUCCAUGAGUGUGUGUGUGUGACUCCCUUCCCUAAGCUUUACUACCCCCUAAGGACACGCACAAGUUAGUUUGUAGAGCUAGACAGUCUCCGGACAAGCCACGAUGGGCUGUUUCACCAAGCUCGCACUCUUCAUCAUCAACUUUGCCAUCUUCGCCUUUGGAGUGGCAAUAGUUGCCUUGGCGUCCAUCAUAAUACACAAAGAUGACACAUACAGGGCAUUGCUCGGUGAUGGUGUUUUCACUCUCCCCAUCAUAGUUCUCAUUGGUGGCCUGAUCAUUGUCAUCAUUGGCUUCCUGGGAUGCUGUGGUGCUAUGAAGGAAAGCAAGUGCAUGCUGAAUACAUAUGCAUUCAUUGUGAUUGUCCUGCUCCUUGCUGAGUUGACCUGCGGCAUCCUGUUGCUGAUUUACCCUAACCAAGCUGAGGAAUUCCUCAAGGAAACCAUGGGUGAAGCCUAUAAAUCCUAUGGCGAAGAUCCUACUGCUACGAAGUCCAUUGAUAUCAUACAGAGUGAUCUCCAUUGUUGUGGUGUUGAAAACUACACUGACUGGCAGAGCUGGCCUUAUGGUCAAACUGGUAAUGUCAGCAGGGGAUGCUGUAAGGAAGAUGAUGGUUCAGGUACAUGCUUCAUGAACAAGAAUACAUUGCCUGAAAGUCAGGCUGCAAAAUCUAUCUACACUAAAGGUUGUUAUCAAGCCAUGAAGGAUGACCUGAAGGAGGAGGUUGUUGCCCUGUGUGUGGUACUCUUCAUCAUGGUGGUUAUUCAGGUCCUUGCUGUCACUUGUGCUUGUGGCAUUGCCAAGAGAUCAUCGAGCCAUCACUAUGCAUAGAGAUCAACUUAUACUGCAGUGUUAGCAUCAGUGGCCGCUAACACAGUUUUGUAGGAAUCCAAUCUCCAUUUUGCCAAGGGGAAAUAUUUCUAGAUUUAAAGAAGUACAUUUUUUUGUAACAUGAAUGGAUACAUUUUACAAAAUAUUUUUAUGCAUUUCUUUAAAUUUGUAGCUCUAGAUGGAUAGAUUUUAUUUCACCCAUUUGAUUUGUAGGUGGAUAGAUUUUAUUUCACCCAUUUGAUUUCUAAAGUUUUUUAUAACUGCAAAUACAUGAGCAUUUUUCUCAUUGAGUGUUGUUGCAAAUAGUUUGUAAUGCAGUGUACAGUUUCAUGGAUCUGUAACCAGGAUUUAUCACAGAAUACUUUGUCAAGGUGGUUUGUGACACUUCUAAUAGCACAAGGUAAGAUUCAUAUUGAUGAACCUUUAUACUUUUCAGCUGCUCAUUUAAUUCCUGACAUCUGUAGUACUGCUUAUUUCAAAUCUCAAAGUUGCAUUCCACAGAUCUUCUCUCAAUACCAUUAAGAUAAAUUAUUGCCGUUCACAAGACCAAUAAAUUUUUUAAGAAAUUCUCUUGUUUGCUUUCUUUAUCAAUCUUUAUUAAUGAAACUUAAUUAAUAACUGCCAUAUAUCAUUACAUUCUUUUAACUUCAGAACAAGUUGAACAGGAGUAAACCUCUAUAGGUAACUCCUUAUUUACUAUAGUCUUAAAUUGAACUUUUAAAUGAGUACAAAAACUAGUACUGGAUCCACUCUGUAUAGAUAUUCUACAUAUAUUUUAUAUUUGGAAGAAGUUCCUCUUGUUAGAAACCAAAGUAUUAUGCAUGUUUGGUAUAUAAAAAUACACAAGUUUGUGCUUUUAAUCACAACUGACCUAAGUUCUUUCACUAUUAUUUGUCUAAUUACUGUAAGAAUAAAGUUCAAACAAGUGCCUUGCACACACCUCGGUGAUCUGCCUGUGUAUGGCAAGGCACAUACUGGUGUCUUGGUAAGCAGUAGCACUAUUGUUCCUGGACAGGCUUCAUGGUGUCACUUGAUUUGCUUUGGGUUUGUUAACUGGUUGUUAACUUGUAAGCAUGAAUCAUUUUGUUCAGAAUUUGCUUCAGUUUACAGUUACAGACUUACAGUUGAUCAUUAGCUUUUUUUCAUAGAAUUGUCACUGUACCUACAAGUCUGCAUUUAUGCUUUGAUUUCUCAUUAUUUUUGUACAUGUUAUAUAUGUUUAUCUUGAAACAUUUAAUAUGAAAACCGAGAUUUAUAUUUCUGUAUCUGAUUUUUAUUGUUCAUACAUUUGACUAAUAAAUUAUUCAAAGUUU